UCCCAAAAAAAACCCAAAAAAAAAAAAAAAAACCACAACUGCCAACUUUGUCGUAUCUGUCCUUGCCAUCCAUGCUGGGCGCUUCGCGGGGUUGAUUUUUGUUUACAUCUUCUCGCGCAUACUUUUGGAUAUAAUGGCAUUGGGAUACGGAGCAUCGCGCAACAACUAGACUUUCUUUUGUUAUCCCCUUCUCUUCUUUGUUCAUUUGUUGGAGUGCAUCGCCCUUUGCUCCCACCGACCCUCCCCUGCAUUCCCUAAAACUCAAUGGCCCCCGCCACGGCGGCGUCGCCUGGCGUGAAGACGAAGAGCCGCUCCGCAGCGGGAAAGAACGCCGCUGAAACACUCGACUACAAGACGAUCGCUGCCCAGUUCGCCGCGGCAAAACGGGCAAAGGAGGCGGAAGAGGCCAAGGCCCGUGCCGCGGCUUCGGGUCCCGAUGGCGCCGUCGUGGUCCCCUCAGCGGAGGAGCUGGACGCAAGGGCCAGGGCGGGCGUGAUACAGAAGCAGCAACAGCAGCAGCGCGACGCCCUCGAGGCGCGCCGCAAGGCCCGCUUCGAGUCGCUCUGGCUCUGGACCGUCGGCUUCUGGGUCUGGGUCCUGUGCAUCCACGCCACCGGCAUCCUGGUGUUCACCUCUGGCUUCCUGCUGACGCGCCUUGUGCUUGACGAGAAGUCGAGCUGCGCCGAGCCGCCGACCGCCGUCCUCGAGGUCCGCGGCCCCGACCAGGGGGCACCUUUAAAGGACUGGGCCGGGCGCGGGACGGUCCAGGGCGGCUGCUGGCAUCCCCGGACCUUCUCGCGCGCCGUCGUCGUCAUCAUCGACGCCCUGCGCUACGACUUCACCGUCCCGGUCGACGACGCGGCCGAGUUUCACAACGCCCUGCCCUUCCUGCACAAGACCGCCCUCGAGCGCCCCAGCAACGCCUUCCUGCGCCCCUUCAUCGCAGAUCCGCCCACCUCGACGCUCCAACGGCUCAAGGGCCUUACCACCGGCACGCUGCCCACCUUCGUCGACCUGGGUAGCAAUUUUGCUGGCACAGCCAUAGAGGAGGAUAACCUGCUGUCGCAGCUACGCAGCGCGGGCCGCAAGAUGGUGCAUCUCGGCGACGAUACUUGGACCUCGCUUUUCCCUGGCUACUUCGAGCCCAACAUCAGCCGCGCAUAUGACAGCUUCAACGUCUGGGAUCUCCACACUGUUGAUGAGGGUGUGAUUGAGCACAUAUUCCCGCUGAUGCGCCCUGAUCGCAAGGGCGACUGGGAUGUUUUGUUUGGCCAUCUUUUGGGUGUCGAUCAUGCCGGCCACCGCUACGGACCAGCUCACCCUGCCAUGACGGCGAAGCUGCGACAGAUGGACGACUUUGUCAGGAACCUGACGGCCACCAUCGACGACGACACCCUGCUCGUCGUCAUGGGUGACCACGGGAUGGACGGCAAGGGCGACCACGGCGGCGAGAGCGACGAUGAGGUCGAGGCCGCGCUGUGGAUGUACUCCUCCAGGCCUGUUUUUGGCCGCACGGACCCAUCGCAUCUGGCGCCGCCUCCAACCGCAAAGGUCCGCCCUGUGAAUCAGAUAGACCUGGUGCCGACUCUGGCAUUGCUUCUGGGCAUCCCGAUCCCCUACAACAACCUCGGGCAGCCCAUCGAGGAGGCAUUUGCCGGCAAGCGGGGGGAUGCGUUUGAAAACCUUGCCGCCGUGUCGCGGGUGGCAGCUGCGGGCAUUCGGCGGUACCUGUCGUCCUACUUUGCUGCCCGGGGCCUGGAGCCUCAGGCCGGUACCGGGUCGGCUGCCGAGACCUGGUCCCAAGCCGAGGAGGCCGCCGCCACGGCCGGCUCCAAAAGCGACCUUCUCCGCCGCGCCUAUGGCAUCUACUCACAGUAUCAAGCCGAGACGCUGGCUGUUUGCAAAGACCUGUGGGCUCGGUUCGACAUUCCCAGCAUGGUCAUCGGUAUAACGAACAUGGUCCUCGGGCUGCUCGCUCUCCUUCUCUACAUCAGUCGUGGCAGCGACGAAGAUGGGGAUGACGGAACCGCCGUGGAAAACCCCGAGCUGGACCUUGCAGAGCGCAAGCUGGAGCUCGAAGGGUUCGGGGACACCGAGGCAGACGCGGCCUCUAAAAGCGUGCUCGAACGCAAGCUUUUCCUGGCCGCCUUGGUCGGUGCUGUUCCAGGUGCUGUGCCGGGCCUCACGGCUCUGUUUUAUCUCGAGGUGGCGACCUGGCAGAUGGCCGUUGGGGCCGCUGCUGCGACGAGCAUUGUUGCAGUCAUUGCGGCUCUCUUCGGGAUUGGAAAGAAGACCCUAACCGGACUGCUGCCGACGUCCUUCUGGGGAUGGUACUCGGUCAUUGUUGUGGUCAGCCAGUCGAUUGGGUUUGCGUCCAACUCGUACACCAUCUGGGAGGACUCCAUCACCCUCUUCUUCCUGGCCACCUUCGGCUUGGCCGCGGGCAUCUCGGCCAUGCGCCUGCCCGGGCUCACAGAGCGCACCCUUGGUGUGUACCACGCCGUGAUCUUUGUCGUCCUCGGCCGCCUGGCUUCGCUCUCCAAGCUCUGUCGCGAGGAGCAAAUGCCGUACUGCACCUCGACGUACUACGCGUCUGCUACCUCGUCGACGUCGGCACCGUGGCAGUUGGCGAUCCCGGUAAUCGUCUGCCUGGCUCUGCCUAGCGUCAUCAAGGGCUACAUGGUUCCGUCGCGAUCGUACGAGGGGCUUGCGCCCACCUGGAUCGGUUACAUCUUCCGCACUACGCUUUUCAUGAUUUGCCUUUACUGGACGCUGGACGCCGCGGACAAUGGCGGCUGGCUGCCCGCGUCGGCCGGCCUGCCCGAGGGCACCCUCAAGGCCCUGUCCGUCUACCUGGCGCAGCUGACGCUCGCCGUCGCAGUCGUGGCCGGGUCGACCGCCUUCAUCUGGGCCCCGCCCUGCGUCUCUAUCCUCACGUCGGCGGACCCCAGGUCGCCCGGGCGGGCCCAGAUCACGGUACUGGGCUACGGCAACGCCCACGGCGCCCGGUACCUGCUCCUGCCCAUCAACAUGCUCGCCGCGCUCCUGCUCCUGACCAAGCCGGUCGGGCAGGGCGCGCUCGCGCUCAUGCUGUGGCAGCUCCUGUCGCUCGUCGAGCUGCUCGACCUCAUCAGCCUGGGCCCCGGCUCGAGCGCCGCGGGCCCGACGGUGCUGGCCCUCCUCGCGAGCUUCCACUUCUUCAAGACGGGCCACCAGGCGGCCCUCAGCAGCAUCCAGUGGGACGCCGCCUUCGUGCCCCUCUUCUCCAUCCGCUACCCCUGGAGCCCGCUCCUGGUGGCGCUCAACACCUUUGCCCCGCACUUCCUCGCCGCCGCCGCCCUGCCGCUCCUGGUGGUCUGGAAGGUCGGCCCCAAGGGCCGCGGCCUGCUGGCCCGCCUGAGCGCCCGCGCCGCCGCUGUCUUCGUCGCCUACUUUGCCGUUCAGUCUGUCGCCACCAUGGCCUGGGCCGCCCAUCUGCGCCGCCACCUGAUGCUGUUCCGCGUCUUUUGCCCCCGCUUCAUGAUGGGCGCCGCCGUGCUGCUGUUGGUGGACAUCGCCGCCGUCGCCGUGACGCUCGUCGCCUUCCGCUGCAACUCGCUCGCCGUCGCAGAGGUCUUUGGCUGGGCGGAGUAGGAGAGGGGAGUCGGGUCGGGCCGUCUCUCCAAGGAGGUCUCGUGGGGCAUCAAUGAUAUUGCGCCUGUUCUGGUGCCGCGUGCAAACCAGUCUGUGUAAUAGCCAUUUCAUAGUACAUAGGUGAAAUAGGAGAAGAAAAAAAGAAAAGUCAAACAAGGAAAAGGAGGUGAGAAUACUCCACCUAGUGCUGGCAUUCGUACGCAUUGGUUGGCACUGUUGGGUACAACAAUAACAGAAAAACAAGGAACAAGACCUGACAUCCAUUCCUUCGAUACCAAGUACCCCCGAGAGAAGCAGAACGCAUAACGUGCGGACAA